AUGGAGCAGGACUCACGUGCCACGCGGGAGUUCAAUGGCUCCUUCCAUCAGCCUUCAGCUUUCCUCAUGCUGGGCAUCCCAGGCCUGGAAGCCCUUCACCCCUGGAUCUCCAUCCCUUUCUGUGCUCUCUACCUCACUGCUCUCUUGGGGAACUGCACCAUCCUGUUCAUCAUCAAGAAGACCCAGAGUCUCCACGAGCCCAUGUACUACUUCCUGUGCAUGCUGGCGCUCACCGACCUGGGCCUGGCCCUCUGCACCCUGCCCACCACGCUGGGGCUCUUCUGGUUCAACCGGCGCAGGAUCGGGUUCGAUGAGUGCCUCACCCAGAUGUACUUCAUCCACAUCCUGUCCUUCAUCGAGUCCUCGGUGCUCCUGGCCAUGGCCUUCGACCGCUUCAUUGCCAUCUCCCGCCCCCUGAGACACCCCUCCAUCCUGACCAAGGCCACUGUCACAAAGAUAGGCCUGGCCAUCGUGCUGAGGGGGAUGGUUUCCCUCCUGCCCAUUCCCUUCCUGCUCAAGAGACUGACCUACUGUGGGAAGAUGGAGCUUUCCCACUCCUUCUGCUUCCACCCUGACAUCAUGAACCUGGCCUGUGCAGAUAUAAAGGUCAAUGUCUUCUAUGGCAUGAUCAUUCUCUUGUCCACGGUGGGGAUGGACUUCAUCUUCAUCGUGCUGUCCUACAUCCUCAUCAUCAAAACUGUCAUCAGCCUGGCCACCAGGGAGGAGUGUCUCAAGGCCCUGAACACGUGUGUGUCCCACAUCUGUGCUGUCCUGGUGUUCUUCAUCCCCAUGAUUGGACUGUCCAUGAUCCACCGCUUUGGGAAGAACGUUCCCCCUCUGGUCAAUACUUUGGUGGCCUACACCUACCUCAUCAUCCCCCCCGCCCUGAACCCCGUCAUCUACAGCAUCAAAUCCAGCCACAUCCGGGAGGCUUUGCUCAGGGCCCUGUGCAGGAAGAGUGGCUCUGACUGGUAG